AUGGGGAAGUAUGCUUUGCUGUUCCCUCGUCUUGUGAACAAUGCACAGUUAAGAAUAACACAAACCGCCAAAGUCUGUCCAAGGCAGCUGCUGGAUGCAGCGCUGCUGGCACCUCCCCUCCCUUCUCUUGCGGCCUCUGGUUCUUCUCCCUUGCCCGGCACACAGGAGGCGCCGCCCCCUUCCAUGAAGGCAGACUCCUGCUUAUCCGCAGCCGCCCAAUGGCGCCCUAUUUUCCCUCAGACUUUCCCCCCCAACGCACACCUGCACGAAGGAGCAGCGAAGGAGAGCCGCGUCUCCGAACAUCAACAUGCAAAAGCAGAACGGACGUGGGAAAUACUGGAAAUGCAUGCAGUUGCGGCAUUGCCUAGCCUGAGCCCAGCGGGGAUCCUCCAGUUUCUGUUUCUAGCCUUAAGGGCGAACUUUCAUCCCAAACACUUCCUUGCAGAGUACCUUGCUCUUUGUCUGUGUUGCUGCGAGACGCAGCUACGACGCUUUGCGCUUGAUGGUGAGCCUGCGGCUCCCCCUGUCGAUACCUUUUGGUUGUUAUGGACGGCUAACGACUUGGCGCUCUUCUGCAAAUUGCACCACGUGGACGACGCGGAUCUUGUUGCAAAACUGCUUUCACGUGUCGCUACCAGUCUUUCUUACUUCAGUCCCGAGGACGUCGCUCUUAUCUUGGGGGCUGCGGCUGGGGAAUCAUCCUCCAGCCUGCGAGCAGCGCUGCUGCAGCAGCAGGAACAGCAACCAGUCGCAGCUGGGAAAGCUGCACAGCCCGGAAACGGCCCUGAACCUCUCCAUUUUCCUCCCGCAGCUGUGACUGCCAGGGCCCCCUCAGCUGAGGGAAACGGAGACGGUAGCCGGUCGUGCAAAGCAGGUCUUCCGCUAUUUCUGUUGCUUUUACAGCGUCUAGCCUCCCAGCUGCAGGAAGCCGACGUGAAUGAUUGCGUGCGGGCCUUCUUCGCUGCCUCCGGCAUCUACGCUGAGUUGGCUAAAGAUGCGGUGUCCCUCUCACCACCAGGGUCCAGUGGGGCAGCAGCCCCUCAGCAUAGUGCAGUUUCCGCUGCUCUAGAGCCGUUCCGUCUCCUGACAGAGCACUUGAGGUGCAAAGUCGCAGUAGCUUCGGCCAGCGCAAAGUUACGUGUCGUCACCGGUAGCGUUCGCCUGCUACAGUCCUUGAGGAAGGGGCCCGGGGGAGUGUCUCUGCAGGAAGCUGUUGCUGCUGCUGUGGACGCUGCAGCGGCAACCGAGUUCACUACAGCAGCAAGCAGUGUGCCUCUGCCGAAUUGCAGCGCUGCAAAUGACACUAGGCCGAUGACGGACAAGCCCUUCAGCCCACUAGUUUAUCCCCAGCAGGCUAUCAAAGUUGCAGUUCUCAAGAGUCCUCUCUUUGCUGUCCGUUCAAGGAGAGGCAAAGGCAGCCAGACACUCAACUGUGAUCAGAAGCCUGCAGGCUCGUGUUCAGCCUCCGCCGCAGAUACGUUAGAAGAGGCCUUGAAGGAGACGCUCUUAGCCUUUAUCUCCAGUCUGUGUUCCGUUCCAGGAGACUUGAAGGCCGCCGAGGGGAUGAUAUUCUUAGGGCUCCUGUGGCAGCUCUGCAUUCAUUACGGUUUUUCUGUCCCAUUCUCAUGCGUGGAGGGGCUAUAUUUUCACCUUCUGGCGAAUUUUCAUCAGUUGUCUGCUCGUGAAGUGGUGGCACUAACGGCCUCUUUUGAGCUGUGCCACUCCGAUGACGACGAUGAGAAUUGCAGUUAUGGAGGACAACUCACAGGAGACACGCCCCGAUAUCUUGGAGAACUGGUGAAGACACAGCACACUUAA